AUGGUGAAGAUCGGUACAAUAUUUCGGUUUGCUUGCGGCGCAUCUCUCUUUGUUGCUGGCGCGGUCACCUUCGCUGCCUUUGGAGACCGGAUGCGAUCCAUUUUCGGCACCAGUCACAAAGUGAACGUCCGUUUGCAGGAACCGGUUCGAAAGUGUUCUGAACCCGUUAGCUCUGGACCGAUCAUUUUCUUCAUUUUGGCUGCCGGUUCAGGCUCUGCUGACGGAGCAAAAACUGUUUCCCCAGGUUCAGGCUCUGCUGAUGGAGCAAAGGCUGCUUCCUUAACUGCUGAGGGUGGUCAGGGUGAUACUGGGCCUAGUCCCUAUGUUGGGCUUAUUCCUUAA